AUUUGUUUUUUAAAUAAAACAAGAAAGAAGAAAAUGCAUGCUUUAGCUAUGCCGCGCGUCGAUUGAUCUCUGUCUACACCGAAUGAAUAAAUACUCUGUUUUUUUUGUCUUGGUUAUCUCUCUCUGAUUUCCACCUUCAUAGCUCAAACAUGGCCGGAGAAAUAGGGGACGACCCGUCUUCGCCCACCCGCCUCCGUUCUUGCCUUGUCGUCGGGAAUUACUGUCACGAUGUUCUGAUCAAAGACGGCAGCGUCAUUGCAGAGUCCAUCGGCGGCGCCACCUCUUUCAUCUCCGCCGUGCUCGACGGAUUCGACGUCGCGUCCCGCUACGUGUCCAAGGUGGGUCCCGAUUUCGCCUACUCCGUCCCCCGCCGGCCCGUCGUCUGCGCCUCUUCGCGAACCACCGUCUUCCACGCCUAUUUCUCGUCUGAGAUCAAGCGCCAGGAUCGGGUUCUUAAGCGGGUCAGGGCAUGCGAGCCGAUCUGGGCCUCGGAUCUCCCCGAGUCCAGAUUCGAUUUCGGGCUGGCCGUCGGAGUCGGCGGGGAGAUCCUACCGGAAACCCUCGAGCGGAUGAUCCAGAUCUGCGGGACGGUCCUGGUCGACAUCCAAGCGCUGAUCCGGGUCUUCGACCCGGCGGACGGAACAGUGAACCACCUCGACCUGAACCGGACCGGGUUCUCCCACCUGCUCCCGAGAAUAGGGUUUCUGAAAGCCUCGUCGGACGAGGCGCCAUUCUUGGACUUGGAGGAGGCGAGGAAGCGGUGCUGCGUGGUGGUGACCAACGGCAGCGACGGCUGCACGGUCUUCACGGAGGAUUCCGAGACAAAGAUCGCUGCGUUUCCAACAAUUCAAGUCGACCCGACUGGAGCUGGGGACAGCUUUCUGGGCGGGUUAGUGGCCGGGCUCGCCCACGGGCUACCCGUGCCCGAUUCCGCAUUACUGGGGAACUUCUUCGGGUCUCUCACAGUCGGGCAAAUGGGGCAUACCAAAUUCGACCCGCAUCUCUUACAGAGAGUGAAGGGAGAAGUGGUGGGUCGGAAGGGAAAGGACGAAGACGAUCAAUUCUUUACAGUCCUUGACGCAGCAAGAUCAUCAUCUUCUUCGUCGGGGGCGUGCUUUCUCCGGGAAGAAUGUAAGAGGGAAUUGCCCGCCGGCAACACUGUUCCGGCUCCUGGAUCAAAGUGCGGCGAUCAGCAGAGAUUUUCUUUGGUUCAUUGUAGUGUCCAUGAAGAAGAAGCCAUUCCAGCUCUUGAAAAUAAACACUGAUUUUCUGAUUUUGUCUUCUCCCUCACCCCACACGCCGCCCAUGAGAGUAGUUUCUGAAUGAAUAAACAUUUCUCCUCUUUCUUUUUGUUGUUUAGGCUCGUAUGGACAUUCAUUAUGUAUUCAAUGAUUUAUCAAAUUGUACACCAAAUAAAAUUUGUUCGUGCGUUAGUCACAUGAACAAAUUUUAAUAGUGUAA